AGGUCCUCGACUCCUUCCCAUCCCAGACUCCACAUCCCCCCUCACCCGCAAAAGUUAAGAAAUUGUGUUGAUUCUUGGGCUCCUGGACUUCUUAGACUAGGAGAACGGAUAACCUUCGUCAGAAAGGAUGGAGCUGGGAAAAGGCACGCUGCUCAGGACUGGGCUGAAUGCAUUGUAUCAGGCAGUACACCCAGUUCACGGCCUCGUCUGGACCAACGGGAAUCAGGUAGUCCUGACGGACGUACAGCUUCAGGGUGGAGAGGCCAAGUUUGGGGACUCAGAGGUCAUCGGACAGUUCGCACAUGUGUAUGGGGUGUCCUGGGCCCCACCCGGUGCGGCUGACAUGCCCCCUCUGCUCGCUGUCCAGCACACGCAGCAUGUCACCGUGUGGCAGCUGUGCCCCAGUACUGUGGGGACCGGCAAGUGGCUGAUGUCUGAGACCUGUGAGAUCAGAGAGUCACUCCCUGUCCUUCCCCAAGGCUGUGUGUGGCACCCACAGAGCACUGUCCUGACUGUACUGACCACACAGGACGUCUCUAUUUUCCAUAAUGUCCACUGUGACAGUUCCCGAGUGAAAGCGGACAGCAGCACCCAGGGCCUCGUUCACUGUGCGUGUUGGACCCAGGACGGCCAGAGGCUGGUGGUGGCAGCGGGCAGCAGCCUGCAUUCUUACAUUUGGGACAGUGCUCAGAAGACUCUUCGCAGGUGCUCCUCCUGCUCGGUGCUGGAUGUGGGCAGCCCUGUGCGCUCCGUCAGAGCCACGGGGGACUCCCAGGUCGCCGUGGCCACUGAACUGCCGCUGGGUCAGCUUUGUGGCUUAAAUGCAUCUGAAGCACUCGACGGUCCACCUCCUAGUGAACACACUUGUCCGAUUGAUGACACCAUUAUCGAUGACGUGUUCUCUGUGGAUAAGGGGGCCAUCCCUUCUCAAACAAAUUUGGACGCAUCAGCGUCUCCCUUUUCUUCUUCUUUGUCCGCUCCUCUGGAUCUAACUCAUAUAGUUUUCAAUAGAUCGAAGUCUGAAGGUAAUGCCCCAAUUUGUGUAAGAAAAAAGGACUGCUUGACAGGAACGGGUCUGGAUUCCUCCCAUUUGGUCCUGGUGACUUUUGAGAAGGAGGUCGCCCAGACCAGAAGAGUCCCCAUUCCGGGCAUCCUGGCUCCUGAUCUAAUCGCAUUUAGUAUUAAAGCACAGGUUGUGGCGGUGGCUUCCAAUACUUGUAAUAGAAUUUUUAUCUAUUCUGUCAUUCCAUCGUUUAUGCCAAACAUCCAGCAAAUUCAGUUAGAGAGUAGUGAAAGGCCAAAAGGCAUGUGUUUCCUGACAGGUAAAUUGUUACUAAUUUUGGUAGGAAAACAAAAAUCCAAUGAUCCGACAUUCCCUCCUCCUUCCAAGUCUGACGAGUAUGUCCUUCGCUUGAUCGUCAGAGAAGUAGUGUUGGAAGAGAAAUUUCCAGUGACACAGAGUGAAAACCAGAGUGGCUACGCUACUUUCAGUUCUCUGUUAAAUAAAGCAGAGGGGAGACAGCUGAUGGAAAGUCUUUCCCCAGAUAUUUGUCCCCCAAACGGAGGGCUCUUGUUAACCGCUGAUAGCCGUGGUCGAGGUGGAAGGCCCGGAAGCGCCCUUAUUGAAGAAAUCAGAAGUCCUCCGUCCAGCGCUGGCGAUGGCUCCGUAGCCCCGGGAACUCCAGACGCCAGGCCUGCCAACCAGUCUGAGACCCUGCCCAGACCCGGCAACGCACCAGACCACACCAGCACCCCAGCGCCUCUGAAUGCUCCUCAAAGAAAGAACCUACAGCGGGAAGAGGAAACUUACCGGCCUUCUAAGGAGCUGGAAAUUCUCUCCAGGAAACUGGUUGAAGUACAGCAGUGUCUUACUGAACUCACAGCCUUCCUGCAUAAUGGAAAGAAAUCCUCGCCAGUGUAUCCACUCUCUCGGGAUCUGCCUUAUGUCCACAUCUUUUACCAGAAACCUUACUGUGUAGGUCCCGUCGUUGAAACAAGAGACAUGCUUCUCUGCAAUGGCAAACUAAGGCUCAGUACCAUUCAGCAGACUUUUGGCCUCUCUCUUGUCGAAAUGCUGCAUGGCUCCCACUGGAUCCUUCUCUGUGCCGACAGCGAGGGCUUCAUCCCGUUGACCUUCACGGCCGCGCAGGAGGUAAUCGUGCGCGACGGCAGCUCCAGGUCAGACCUCUUCAGAGACUCUCUGUCUCAGAGUCUUGAUUCUGGCCCUUGUCUUGACGUCUGUAAGGAUCUUCAAGCCCAGAGUUUGGAUUCCACUGGCUAUUCUGACCGUUUGGGCAGUCCGGCCUGACCCUUGUUUAUAGAGUAUUCGCUGCGCAGCUUCUCGGAUGAGACCUUUGAAGACCUGUGUCCACUGUGGACUCUCCCCGGCCGGGGUUUGCGCCCUGCUCUGAGGUGAAGCGCUCGCCCUGGCCGGCUGCCCCCCCGCAACCCCCAGGCUCCCUGCGGCAGGGCAGAUGGCUCCCAAAGAGCUUGCUCACGUAUUCACGACCGGCUUCGUCUGAAGGCAGAGUUCCCAGAACGAGACAGUACGACGGUGCCGCACGGAUUGUGUUUUACGGUUUCUCAGAGGCUUUCUGUCUCUUGCCCGGAGCUGGGUCAGAGCUGUCUCAGAAGUGAAGCACUUAAAAGGUGCCGCGGCACUGUUGCAGACCUUUCUCGGGGCUCACGGGAGGGUGAGGGGUGCCGGAGAGCAGAGCCCCCAGCGUGCCCACUCCACUCCGAACCAUCAGGAGUCGCCAGAGCUCCAAGGGGGACGGACACACAAUGCACUGGCUUCGCCCCCAGGGCUCCCUGGGGCAGGAGCUAGUGGUGAUGCUGGCUGGACCGCCCACAGCUUAAACGUGGCCUUCCUGCUUCUUUAGGACAUUCUGGCUGACGAAGGUCCAGAUGCUCCUCAAAAGUGGCCCUGGGCAAAUUUCGAGGGGCCCCUCAAGCCCCCCCACUCCAGCUCAUGCUGAUGUUGCUAGUGCGGUGCCAAGCACGGGGGAGGUCUAAGGUGUGAUUUUGUGUUCUUGCCACUUCUGAUUUUCUCCAUGAGGAUUUUUGUGUUGUGUGUUUUUUGUUGGUUUUUUUUUUUCCAGUUUUGGGAUUACAAAAGUAUCCUAUUUUUCCCCAUCAAUUCUUAAAUUGUCACUUUAAUUUCGGUAUUUUUCUUUCAUUCAAGUCUUAGACACCAGCAUAGAGUCUGUGAGAGAAAGUAUUUCAGACAGUUGGAAAUUUCCCUGAAUCCGAGGUAGGUCUAAACGGUACCAGUUAUUGUCACUAUGGGCCGAAGGGCCAGCUUAGGAUAGCAGAGAGAGCCCUGACCCCCGACCUUAGACAGGCACAGCUGCUCCCCACCCCCCGGCGCGGCUGCAAGUGUGGUCCCCUGCAGCCCGGCAAACGGCCGGUGUGCGGCCAGAGCACACCCGCAGGUCAGUGGUUUUGGCCGUAGACACUACAUUAGCGCACAGGCAUUUUUUCCAUUUCCUUUAAAAUUAUCUAGAAAGAAAUAUUUUGUGCCUUUGGGGACCCUUGUCUGUCUGUUGCAGCUGAUGAAGAUGGAGCUGGGCUAGGGCAGAAACAAGGCCCCAUUUUGUGGUUCAAGUGCAUUAGAGAGCUGCUGGGAUAAUGGAAGUGGAGGCCGCUUGUCUGGGUUCGGUUGCCCGAGAGCAGCAGCCGAGACCAGUCUGAGGCCUGGCUCUGCUUUCCGGGCGGGAUGAAAGUGCACUUCUCUGAAGACCAAAGAGGGGGCUGGGGACCCUGAAGGAACAAGGUCAAGGCGGGUACCUCAAGGUGUAUGUUGUAAUCAGCAUUUCACUGGUCAGAAUCCUGUGUGAAUGUGUUCAAUAAAAUCACUCGUGGCUGAUGCA